GUCUUGAGUUACCGAAUUCAAUAAAUAAAAAUAAAGAUAUAUGUAGGCCUAUAUAUAGGGGAGUUGACAUAAAAAUAAUGAUGAGUUGCACGUAUAUUCCAAAUAAGUAUAACAUUUGAGUCAAGUACGAAAAUAAAUGAUAAAAGGUUGACGUGUUACAAACAUACAAUAUAUAUCUUUAUUGAAAAACGUAUAUUUCGCCCUGUACCCAGGGCUUCUUCAGCGUUAAACAUGACGUGUAGGCCCACCGGUAGUCAGCAUGAUCAGGGUACCUGCUGGAUGGAAUCAGCGAUAUACUCACAUGCUUCCGUGGUCUAGUGGUAUGGUACUCGCCGUGAGCGAGAAGUAGCAUGUUCGAAAAGAUACAAAAUGAUAAAGGGAGUGCAUAGGCAAAUAAAUGUAUAGGGCUAAAAAUGGACCCUCAUUCACUUGUAUCGUUAUAAAUCACACAUAAUAGCGAUAGAUGUGUAUGUUUAUGUAGGCCUACACAGUAGCUGGUGCUAACACACUAGUGAGUUGAAUGACAUUAACAUACACCCGCGAUUGAUACGUAUGUUUAUUUAUGAACUUAAGUAGGCUACACAAUAUCAUUUGGUAGAUAACAACCCCAGUUAGGUGGCUGAUAUUAACACCGAUGUGUAGAUCCUUUAUCGGAUGCUAUUAAACUAAAUUUAUCAUGUUAAUGUUUAUAAGAUAACAUCAUUCAAUGUUUCUCAAGUGGAGAAUAGGUCAGUAGGCCACGGGUUCUGUUAAUUGCACAAUUCAUAUUCAUGAAGAUUGAAGAAAGACUUGAUCGAACAAGUCUUUUGUAAUGUUUUAUUGUGCUUUAUAUAAUUGUUUAUAUAUAUAUAUGUUACUGUACUUGCAAUUUCGAGAAUAAAUAAAGUUUUUGAUUGAUUGAUUGAUUGAAUGCAUAAAGUAUAACAUGUUUCUAACAAAUUAAAACUUUCAUUCCGGUUUACACGCAAUUGUUAUUGUUUUAAAAUAAUGAUGAAAUUAAGUAAUGUGAAUAUUAACAAUAUGGAUAGCCAUUAUUACUAAGUAUUACUGGUACUAUUACUGGUACUAUUAUUUUCUUCUUUGUUAUUAUCAUUAUUGUUUAUAUUAUUAAUUAUCAAGAUUUUACAAUCUUAGUGAGUUCUAUUUAGGAUAAUUUUGAAUCCAUUACGUCAUGCUUACCGUAUUAUCAGUGAUGAAUUUCAUACUUAACGCCUGCAGUAAUAGGCCUAUGAUCAGUGACUAAACAAGCAAACUUUAAGCAAUCGAUACCUAGCUAUAAGUAUAGAUCAUUAUUGACUAACCUACGUCUACUUGUAAACUUAUCACUUAUUAUAGUUUGAUAUGAUCAGGAUUUCAUAAUGGUAAUGUAAUUUUAAUCUGAGCGCUAUUACUGUAAGAGAUAAUAGAAGUUGGGACCGUAUUAUUCAGUAGCAUGAAAUCCAAAUGAAAUAAAUACAGUAGUACCUUAUUUAGACUAACAAAAUGUAUUGGAACACAAGCUUUCGCUAGCUUCAUCAGAUGUACUAGUAUCUCUUGUUAAACAAACAAAUUGUACUUAUCACUUAAACAAACGAGAGAGCCAACUUUUUUGUUGCAAUCUCUGUGACAUACGUGUCACAAAGCAUCGGACAGUCGGGUAAGAUUCAUAUUGUGUCUAGUUAUCGAUCUGAUUCGAAAUCGCAGGCCUACGUAACGGCGCCGACGAUCGAUACGAAGCCAAGGUCUGGAGUCAAGGUCUUGGAAUAUAUUUUAGUUGUGGGCUAGUACAAACUAUGUACAACCGCAGGGUGAGUGUAUCCAUGUCGUGUAGAGCCAAUGAGGUAUCUUCCUUGGUUGAGGGAUCAGUAAAGUUUUAAGAGAACUAGUGUUAGCAUCGGGAGCUAUUAUUUUUAUGUUGGAUUUUGUCGAUUGCACAUUGAAUUUCAAAUGUAGUGCAACCUACUGAUGCCAUUGAAUGGCACUUAGCUGACACGUGACCAACGAACACUGCCAUCCAAACCUAUUAGGCCUAUCGUUUUACAGUUUGUUACACCAGACGAUCGCCAUGUCUCUCGACAUUCGUGGACGCCUGGACGUCGAAAAGGUUAAAACCGGCAAAGAUAUGCCGACAGAAGAAGGAAGGGGUAUAGGUUACUAUGAUGACAGCAUGGCAAAAUUAGCCAAUCAGGAAGAGGAUGAAAGAUUGACGGAAGCCAUGGAUACGCUUAAUCUCCAAAAAACCCGUAUGCUAGCAGAUAGCAGACAUGAACUUAAGACUGUGGAUAAGACCCUUCGGAAAUUACAGAAUCAGAAGAAACUACUCCGAAGGGCUACCCUUGAAAAUGUUAUCAGUGGAGUAAACAAACGAAUAUUUUUCAAAUCAUUACAAUCAAUUUCUGAACCAGAUUCAGCAGAAAGUGACAAUGACGACGAUAAGGACUUGCCAAAGAGCGAACCAAGGCCACCAGAAGCACUCAUUGCGAACCCAUACGUGUACCCCGGAUUUCCCGGGGGUUCGACAUCAACUGAGAGCCUGUCUACCUAUGAUAAUUAUUGGUUGAGAAGACGCGGUAUUAACCCUCCUCUAAGUGCAAGACCAGUGUCAACUAAAGUAUUUAAUGAAGCCUACACAAACGACGUAAAGACAAAUGGUGCAACUAAUAAACACCGAAAAUUAAGUCGACAAAAGACUUUUCAUAAUUUAAACAAUAACAAUGAAAGUGAUUCCACGACUAAUCCAAAAGAGGGGGAGCAUAUCCCCACCAGGAGGAAGGUUCGCCCUAAAACAUCUACAGGACAUAACGCACGAGGGCGAAGAUCAUCAUUAACCAGUAACCAAAGCAAUCGGAAUGCACGCCCUCAUACGGCAAAAGCAGACGGUCACAGAUAUCGAUCGAGGCGAGAAUUAACUCAGUUGACACACAUAGACGCAAUUGCGUCAGCGGAUAGAGAAUAUCGCCGGAACGAAUGGCUUGAAGCUAAAUCAGUAUUAAAAGCAGAUCAUGAUCGAAUGUUAAGGAGGAAAGUGCAAUCAUUUUUAGAAAAAAUUGAACGAGAUAAAACGAAGUUUGAUUCUGAUGCCAACGGCAGUGUAACAUUUUUGGACAUGAAGAUACUUUAAUCAUGAACCACACGUUUCAAUCAGGCCCUAGAGGAAUUUCUUAGUUAUAAAAUUGCCACCUGAAAUCAAAUAAGUGAAUGAAUUACAGUACUUCGAAAAUACUAAGAAAUCUGAAAGUUAACAAUUUUACAGAUGUACGACCUAGUAAUCGAAACCAGUCUGUAGACUAGACCCCUACUCUCCGCCAAAACAUCUAUUUUGACUUUAUAUUAUAUAGGCCUAAUAGGCACGAGA